UCUUGUUUGUGUUGUGUGUGGAAAUGGCGAACUCGGCAAAUACAAACACCGUGUCUAAAUUAUACAGAUCCGUGAUCGAAGAUGUUAUUAAUGACGUGAGAGACAUCUUUUUGGAUGAUGGAGUCGAUGAGCAAGUUCUGAUGGAACUAAAAACUCUAUGGGAGAAUAAACUAAUGCAGUCUAGGGCACUCGAUAGAUUUCCUUCAGAAGAGCAGCAGCUCUUAUUGCAAGUUCAACAGCAGCAGCAGCAUCACCACCACCAGCAGCAGCAAGCUCAACCACAGCCUACGGUGCCUCAGCGAGCACAGACUCCGCGGGUCCUUAUUCCUGCAGCACCACAAGUUAUUGCUCCUGCACCACAAGUUAUUGCUCCUGGUGCUCAGCUGAUACAGCGUAUGAAGGCAUCAAACACGAGUGCUGCUGCUACCGCUGCCCCCGUAGCACUCCCUGCAGGGGUGACUCCUGUCCAACAGAUAUUGACAAAUUCAGGCCAGCUUCUUCAAGUGGUCAGAGCCGCCAAUGGCGCUCAGUAUAUUGUUCAGCCUCAGCAGUCCGUGGUUCUACAACAACAGGCUAUACCACCAAUGCAGCCUGGUGGAGGACAGGCUCUUGUCAUAAAACAGGUUUUGGCCCCUCUUCCUGGCGGGAUUUCACCACCGACAGGUGUCAGCAUCCAGCCCCAGCAAAUCUUAUUUACAGGAAAUCAGACUCAAGUCAUACCUCCAACAGUGGCGGCACCUACACCAGCACCAGCGCAGGUAACUGCGACUGGCCAACAGCGACCACAGGCCCAGCCUGCCCAACAAGGGGCCCCGCUGGCACUGCAAGUCGAUGGAACUGGGGAUACAUCAUCGGAAGAAGAUGAAGAUGAGGAAGAAGACGAUGAUGACAAUAAGGAGGAAGACAAAGAGAAUGAUGGAGCGGAAGGUGGGCAGGUAGCAGAGGAGCCCCUCAAUAGUGAGGAUGAUCUGAGCGAUGAGGAAGGACAGGAAGUCUUUGAUACUGAACAUGUGGUUGUCUGCCAAUUUGAGAAGGUACUCAGAAGUAAAAACAAAUGGAGAUUUCUACUCAAGGAUGGCAUUAUGAAUCUUAAUGGAAGAGAUUAUAUAUUUGCCAAAGCCUUUGGAGAUGCAGAAUGGUGAAGAACUGGUUCUUUUCUUUUAUAAAUAGAAU